AUGAGGAGCUCUCUGAUCCUUCAGGGCGAGAAUUACUACGACAUGAUGCAGGAGGACAUUGACGAUGGCGGCCUUUGGGUUGAUUGGAACGACUCCAAACUCGAGGAGCUCGAGCCCGAUGUGCGAAGAAACCUUGGAACCAACAAAUCACUUCGAAAUGGCUUCGCGAAUAUUUUCCAAAUCGCCGCGGAAUGUCUUAAGGCGAAAAUCGUUCCUACCGCAGCGAAUCUCGAGUGGUACUCUAGGGAUCGGCGCGAGUGGCCACCCUAUACCAAGAGCUACCUGCGACGAGCUGGGACGCAGAUGGGAUGCCGGGCAGUGCUUAGGUACAUGUUUGACAAAGCUAAGGCAAAUAAUGAGUACGCAAGUGAUGGAGAAAACCAACGGACACCGAGGAAGGAAUGGUCCGACCUUCCAACUUGCAGAAACGAUCAUGAAUUUGAAUUUGUUGCCAGGGUUUGUGGCUACGGUAGGGAGGACGAUAGGGAGGAUUUGAUUUCGUUGCCAUUCUGGUAG